AUGCUGCUCCCCCAGCUCUGCUGGCUGCCGCUGCUCGCGGGGCUGCUCCCGCCCGCGCCCGCGCAGAAGUUCUCGGCGCUCACGUUUUUGAGAGUUGACCAAGAUAAGGACAAAGACUGCAGCCUGGACUGCGGAGGCUCUCCUCAGAAACCUCUCUGUGCCUCUGACGGAAGAACCUUCCUGUCUCGCUGUGAAUUUCAACGUGCCAAAUGCAAAGACCCUCAGUUAGAAAUUGCUUAUCGAGGAAAUUGCAAAGACGUGUCCAGGUGUGUGGCCGAGAGGAAGUACACUCAGGAGCAGGCCCGGAAGGAAUUCCAGCAAGUGUUCAUUCCGGAAUGCAAGGAUGAUGGCACCUACAGUCAGGUCCAGUGUCACAGCUACACAGGAUACUGUUGGUGUGUGACACCCAAUGGGAGGCCCAUCAGUGGCACUGCCGUGGCCCACAAGACCCCCAGGUGCCCUGGUUCUAUAAAUGAAAAGUUACCUUCACGGGAAGGCACAGGAAAAACAGUCUCCUUGCAAAUCUUUUCCGUUCUGAAUUCAGAUGAUGCCUCAGCUCCUGCGUUGGAGACUCAACCUCAAGGAGAUGAAGAAGAUAUUGCAUCACGUUACCCUACACUUUGGACUGAACAAGUUAAAAGUCGACAGAACAAAACCAAUAAGAAUUCAGUGUCCUCGUGUGACCAGGAGCAGCAGUCGGCGCUGGAAGAGGCCAGGCAGCCCAAGAACGACAACGUGGUGAUCCCUGAGUGCGCUCAUGGCGGCCUCUACAAGCCGGUGCAGUGCCACCCCUCCACGGGCUACUGCUGGUGCGUCCUGGUGGACACUGGACGGCCCAUCCCUGGCACGUCCACCAGGUAUGAACAGCCAAAAUGUGAUAACACAGCCAGGGCCCACCCAACCAAAACAAGAGAUUUGUACAAGGGCCGCCAGCUCCAAGGUUGUCCUGGGGCCAAAAAGAAUGAGUUUCUAACGAGCAUUCUGGACGCACUGUCUACCGACAUGGUCCACGCAGUCUCGGAUCCCUCCUCCUCCAGCAGGCUUUCAGAACCCGACCCCAGCCACACGCUGGAGGAGAGAGUGGUCCACUGGUAUUUCAAGCUACUUGAUAAAAAUUCCAGUGGGGACAUCGGCAAAAAGGAGAUCAAGCCCUUCAAGAGAUUCCUUCGGAAAAAAUCCAAACCCAAAAAAUGUGUGAAGAAGUUUGUUGAGUACUGUGAUGUGAAUAAUGACAAAUCCAUCUCCAUCCAAGAGCUGAUGGGCUGCCUGGGCGUGACGAAAGAAGAAGGUAAAGCAAACACCAAGAAGCGUCAUACCCCUAGAGGUAACCCUGAAAGCACUUCGAAUAGACAGCCACGGAAGCAAGGAUAAGUGGCUCCCACAUCCGAGGCAGUUCCUAGACAUGUGGGAGACUCCCUCCCCAAAAAGCAAUUAAAAAACAAAACCAAAAACACAUAGUAUUUGCACUUUGUACUUUAAAUGUAAAUUCACUUUGUAGAAAUGAGAUAUUUAAACAGACUGCUUUAAUCUGUGAAAAU